CACAAACACACAUACACUUCGAAGGAGGAAAGUCAAGCUAAAAGUCUGUGGUGCCACUGCCUGCCUACACCUCCGGCCGCCGCUGCAAGCCCCCAGCCCCACCUCCCUCCGGAGAGAGUCAAAAGAGAUGGUGACGCCUGACAAGAAACCUAAUUCAGCUUAUGAAAAAUCAGACCAAGGACUCUGAAACCAGUGAAAUAAUCAUCCUAGAGCAGUAUCGUACUGGGGAAUACAAGAAGAAAGCCAAUGCAUCUGUAAUUCUCAUGCAGAUCAUCAUUGAGGAGGCCCGCAUCUGUACCCAGAGACCCCAGCAACGCUAAUCUGGAAAUCCUGGGCACUUUCACUUGGUCUGUGAAACUUGGAAACUUAAAGAAAUAGAAAUACAUCCCUGAGACGGUUGGCCAUGGAAAUCAAGGAGGAAAAAACAGCAGAGGAAGGGCAGCAUUUUCUUCAAACAGCCCAGGCAAAUGAUCUGCGAGAACUCCAGUUCACAAGUAUUCAGAAGAGUGCAAAUGAGCCUAAGUUGGAAUUCAGCCUUGCAUGCAAGGAUCUGGGGGCGCCUGCCCGGGACUGCAAGCUGAACACCCUGGUUCAGAUCUCAGUAAUCCACCCAGAAGAGCAGAGUGUGACAAGGUAUUCCAGCACCGAGACUGUUGAGGGCACAAGAAACCCACUGUUUUUGACUGGUGUGACAUUUCCACCUGAAUACCCUAUCUAUGAGGAGACCAAUAUCAAAUUGACAGUCUAUGAUGUCAAGGAUAAGUUUCAUGAUACGGUCCGUACCAGUGUCCUGCCUGAGAACAAGGAGCCACGGUCAGAUGUUGGUCGGAGCUUCUUGGGCUGUGCUAGUUUUAAAGUAGGGGACCUGCUGAAAUCGAAGGAGCAGCUGCUAACCCUUAGCCUAAGAACUUCCGAUGGUGGAAAAGUUGUUGGUGCCAUAGAAGUCAAUCUUUUGAAGAUGGGGGAGAUAGAGGAUGGGGAAGCCGACCACAUCACAACAGAUGUGCAGGGACAAAAGUGUGCGUUGGCGUGUGAGUGCAUUGCCCCAGAAGGUAUAAAAGACAAGGACAGCUUGCUUUUCUUAAAUGCAGUAUUAAAAAAUCCAGUGUAUAAGUUAUACAGAUUCCCCACAUCGGAUAACAAAUGGAUGAGGAUUAGAGAGCAGAUGUAUGAGACCGCACUGUCUUUUCAUAUUCCUAAGGAACUGAUCUCCCUUCACAUAAAGGAGGACUUGAGAAGAAACCAGGAGCUAAAGGAUCUUGGUGAGCUCGCACCACACUGGGACAAUCUACGCAAAAACGUUCUUGCUCACUGUGAACAAAUGGUGAACACGUACCAGGACAUUCUGACAGAACUUGGGAAGCAAACAGGGUCUUCCUUCAGAUCAAGCUGCAGCAAAGGAGAGAAGAUAUUAGAAUUCAUUCCAAUAAACCUGCAUUUUCAAAGAAUGCAUGUUCACAGCCCCCAAUUGAAAGAUGCAUUAUAUGAUGUCAUCACAGUAGGCGCUCCAGCCGCACACUUUCAGGGAUUUAAGAAUGGUGGUCUGCGGAAGUUACUCAGUCGAUUUGAAAUGGAAAGGAGAAAUACCGGAUACCAGUUUAUUUACUAUUCACCUGAAAACACAGCGAAAGCAAAGGAAGUUCUCGGCAACAUCGAUCAACUCCAGCCCCUCAUAUCAACCCACGCAGAUGGGCUGCUUAAUUCUGCCAGCCAGCACUCUCCAGACAGCCUGAAGAAUUCUUUAAAGAUGCUUUCAGAAAAAACGGAGGUCUUCGUGCACGCCUUUAAGGAUCAGCUGGUCAGAAGUGCCCUCUUAGCUCUCUACACAGCCCGGCCAGGCUGUGUCCUCAAGAAAUCACCCACUCCCAAGAACACUGGGGAGGAAGAGGCUAAACCUGCAGGGUCCCUGCCCCCUAUCCAAAGACAAGAUUCUAUCCCACAUCACUCGGACUAUGAUGAAGAAGAGUGGGAUAGGGUGUGGGCCAAUGUGGGAAAGAGCCUCAACUGCAUCAUUGCCAUGGUGGAUCAGUUACUUGAAAAAGAUGGUGGUAUCAAUGGCAGCAGCAGCGGCGGCGGAGGCAGCAAUGACAGUGCUACCAAUGGUGGCGGCGGCAGCAAUCCCACAGAAGGUGAACAGGAUCCUUCACUAGCAGAUCCCAUCACAGCACACAAAAGUGAAGACUGGUAUGAGCAGCUGUACCCUCUGAUCCUGACCCUGAAGGACUGCAUGGGUGACGUGGUGAACCGGGCAAAGCAGUCUCUGACCUUUGUGCUACUGCAGGAGCUUGCAUGCAGCUUGCCCCAGUGCCUGAUGCUGACGCUCCGGAGGGACGUUGUCUUCAGCCAAGCGCUUGCAGGAUUGGUCUGUGGAUUUAUAAUGAAAUUACACUCAAGUUUUCACGAUCCUGAUUUCCUCCAGCAACUUCACACUGUGGGCUUGGUUGUACAGUUUGAAGGACUACUGAGCACGUAUAGUGAAGAAAUUGGAAUGCUGGAGGAUAUGGCUAUUGGCAUUUCAGAUUUGCAGAAAGUAACAUUUAAAAUAACUGAAGCCAAAUCCAAUGAUUUCUUGCCAGUUGUAACCGGAAGGCGAGAACAUUAUGUAAUAGAGGUCAAGCUUCACCAGAUGUUUGAGUUGCUGCCACUAGAGAUUAAAGAAGGGAAGCUGUUACAUGUAUACCCAGUCCUCUUUAAUGUUGGAAUCAAUGAACAGCAAACUUUGGCAGAGAGGUUUGGAGAUGUCUCUCUGCAAGAAAGCAUUAAUCAGGAAAACUUUGAACUCCUCAAGGAAUAUUGCCAAUUGUUUACUGAAAAGAUGCCUCCUGAUUAUCUAUCCAAUUUUCAAGAGCAAAAUGAUCUAAAAGGAUUACUAGAAAACCUUCAACAAAACAUCCAGGCCAAAAAGAGAAAGAAUGUAGAAAUCAUAUGGCUGGCUGCAACGAUUUGCCGCAAACUUAAUGGGAUUCGAAUGACCUGUUGUAAAAGUGCCAAAGACAGGACGUCUAUGUCAGUUACCCUGGAGCAAUGUGCCAUCUUGAGAGAUGAACAUCAGUUGCACAAGGACUUCUUCAUCCGGGCGCUGGAUUGUAUGAGAAGCAGACAAACCCAGGGAGUACUGAAUGAAUCGGAUGAUCCCGAGACAGGCUGUCUAAUUGAUAACAAGCCAACUUCUCGUCACUUCUAUCCCGUCGCCUUGCUGCUUGUCAGCUCACACCUGCUGGUUGUGUGGCUCAUUUUAAGUCUUGCUUUACUAUUAGCCAAAUAUCAAUAAGUUUCACUUUUCUGUUUCUUUUCUACAAAUGGCAACAAACUUUAAAUUGAGGAGGGGCGGGGGGAUCCUGUGCUAUUUCUACAUUUUCAGAUCCACAGAAUUUAAAAUACAAAUGUUUGAAUUGUACAGUGUUGGGUUUUUUGUUUGUUUGUUUUAUUUUCUUAAAAAUCUAAGAAGUACUAUGCAUUCAGUGAAUUGUUAGCUCUUUUUGUUCCUGGAGAAAAUUUUCCCAUCGUUUAUUAGCCCAAAAGGAAAAAAAAAUAGCUAAAUUAAUGUCUUGUAAAUAAGACAAAAAGCAGGAUCCCGAAAGCUUGAAGAUCCAAGCCUCCUUUUCCUCUUCCAAUUAAAUGAAUUUGAAGAAACGGAAACUGAUUUUGCACAACACAGUCAAACUCUGAAACAGGUCCUAUUGAUGUGGGAGUGGGUAGCAUUAAUUUUUGUUGUGCUACCUUCAUCGUUGUCUUCAGCUGACUGGCCAGACCUUCUGUUUGAUUUCCCCUGUUGGUGGGUCAUGUCAUUUCUUUGCUGCGACUAACCCUCUUCUGUCAAGUAACCCUAAGGAGACAAAACUGAGUUCUGUUUUUGUAAUUGAAUUUAUCUGUUUGUAACUGUUGUUUCUGUUGAUUUCUUUUCCUAGAUACUUUUCUAUUCUUUUUAACAAAGUCUUGCUUGUGUCUUGAUGCACCAUUUUCGGCAUUUGUGACUUUUGUACUGUCUGUGAACAAGCCCCCUCCCUUUAUAAAGCAGAGACUUGGAUCAGGCCGUUUGGAAAGCCAUGUUCACUUUUUUUCAUUGCACAGCUUAACAUACUGAAAUCAAAUGGAGAUAAAACUUUCCUUUAGAAAAUCUAUUGGGCCAGACUUAAUCAAUGCCUUAUUCCUAGAACCUGCAUCUUUAGGGCUACAUAGAGAUUUUAAUGUGUUUUUAAAAGUCUGAGAAAUUAAUUUGUGGGAAAAAAAAGAUAUAUAAAAGGCAGAUAUAUUUCUGAAACUAAAGUAAAGGUGUAUUGUGGAGUUAAUUAUAUUUAAAAAGUCUAUUAAAACUUAAAUAUAUGUUAAGGGCAAAGAAUUUAAUCAUCUCUUUCUGAGGGCAAUAAUGGUAUUGGGCCUGGCCUUGGAUUUAAUUUUGUAAGAUGUAUCAUCACUUGUGGGGGAAAAACAAAGAAACAAAAAACAAAAAUGUAGAGUUGAAUCUUUGUUAUUUUUACUUGGACUGUUGCUGCAACUCUGCAUUGAACAAAUAAAAAACAUAUUUAUUUA